AUGCCUCAGGAGAAAUCAGGAUUCCCUAACGUAUUGGUAGUCGUGGAUCGUUUUGCGAAAAUGGGUCACUUCAUUCCAAUGACAGGAAUCAACGCGGAGCAAACCCCUAACACAUUUGUCAAAGACAUCUGGCGUUUCCACGGACUUUCUAGGAGCAUCGUCUCUGACAGAGGAACACAGUUCGUGUUAGCAUUUCGGACGGCAAUUACGGAAAGAUUGGGGAUUCGUAGGAGACUCUCGACAUUAUUCCACCCGCAGACCGAUGGCCAAACGGAACGAACCAACCAGCACAUGAAAGGUUAUAUUCGGGAAUAUACGGCAGGAACAGGCAGGAAAUGGAAAGACCUGUUACCCAUCUGCGAAUAUGCCUAUAAUAAUGCGAAGCACACGUCGACGGGACAAUCGCCGUUCUACUCCAACUACGGCUUCCACCCCCGAACGGACUGGCCUACGGAUUCAGAAAUCGCCCGAUUAUAUGUCAAUGGGAAUAGGUACUUGGACAAGAUUCUCACGGCUCAUGAGUUAGUGAGAGAUACGCUACAGAAGACUUUCGACAGGAUGGCGUCAAAGCCAGGGGCAGCAGUACAGCGGUUCUCUAUCGGUCAGAAAGUCUUGCUGGACACUCGAAACCUAGGAUGA